AUGAGGCGCCCGCUCUGGGCUGGUUGCAGCCAGCUGCUGCCCCGGCAAGCCGGGCUUUGCGCUGUCAAGCUGCCUGCGGCAGCCACCCCACGCCGCAGCCCGUGGGCCCCGGCUUCUCUGGCCGCCUCCGGCUCCUCGCCUGGUGCGUCUGCAGGGCUCCUCCUGGCCCUGGGUCACGGGGCCCCUUGCCGCUGGGGCUCGCAGUUCAACGUGCCCCCCAGUGCCCAGUUCGUGGCCCGGCCCGUGGGGGUCUGCUCCAUGAUGAAACUGCCCGUUCAGGCGUCGGCGGAGGGACUGGACGCAGCUUUCGUCGGCGUCCCUCUAGACACGGGCACGUCCAACCGGCCGGGAGCAAGGUUUGGCCCACGCCAGAUCCGGGCCGAGUUGGCGAUGGUGAGGAGGUACAACGCCAGCACCGGGGCAGCGCCUUUCGACUCUUUGCAGGUGGCUGACAUUGGGGACGUGAACGUGAACCUCUACAACCUGCCCGACAGCUGCCGCCUCAUCCGAGAGGCCUACCAGAAGAUAGUGGCCUCCGGCUGCGUGCCCCUCACCUUGGGUGGAGAUCACACCAUAACAUACCCCAUCCUGCAGGCCGUGGCAGAAAAGCACGGUCCCCUGGGACUGGUGCACGUGGAUGCUCACACCGACACCGGAGACAGAGCCCUGGGGGAGAAGAUCUACCACGGGACCCCGUUCCGGCGCUGCGUGGAGGAAGGGCUGCUGGACUGCAGCCGCGUGGUCCAGAUCGGCAUCCGAGGCUCCUCCUAUGACCCUGAUCCUUACAAGUACUGCCGGGACCAGGGUUUCCGGGUGGUCCCGGCCGAAGAGUGCUGGAGGAGGUCCCUGGUGCCGCUGAUGGGGGAGGUGAGGAAGCAGAUGGGGGACAAGCCUGUGUACAUCAGUUUCGAUAUCGAUGGACUAGACCCCGCAUACGCCCCGGGCACCGGGACGCCGGAGAUAGCCGGGCUUACACCUGCGCAGGCUUUGGAGAUUAUUCGUGGCUGCAAAGGACUGAACAUAGUGGGAUGUGACCUUGUAGAAGUUGCACCGAUGUACGAUGUCUCUGGUAACACAGCCCUCCUGGGGGCAAACCUGCUGUUCGAGAUGCUCUGCGUUCUCCCCAGAGUGAAGACGAUGUGA